AUGGCUGGGAGCUUAAUGGCUGUGUUUUUUCAGGCGGUGCAGCUGGAGGCCUGGGGGCUCCGAGGGGCGACGCUGUGCACCCGGCCAGGAGGCUCCGGGACGCCGCCGGACAGUAUAUCUGCAAAAGAAGGUGGGAGCACACUGAAUACUAAUCCAAAGGAAGCUUCAAAACCUGAUGAAGAUCUGAGAAUGUUGAUGUCAAAAAAAACUGUGGUUGCAUUUCCUCAGCGAGUGAUUGUUUCUUCCCUUGAGGAGGCAAGACUCAGUAAAAUUGCAAAAAGAGGAGGCAUAAGGAAAGAGCUAGCUGAAGAAGAAACUUCGUCUUCAUCCAGCUCAGAUUCAGAUUCUAGCUCAGAUUCCGAAGAAGAAAAUGAUGAUGGUGAUGAGUCAGGAGUUUCCUUUAAAACCAGAGUGGAGUUUCCUAGGCGAGAUUCCAUCUUUUCUGAGACCACACCAAUAAAGACAUCACAGCUACCAAGAGUUGACUUGUUCCAGAAAGACCACAAAGAAUACGUAGCUAAGAAGAAGCCAAGCAAAAUUGAAACUGAUGUACCUACUAUCAAGAAAGUUGCAUUUUCUAAAGCAUCAGUUAGUCAUGAAACAUUAAAAUCCAAAGCAAGAGACCCAAACACAAAAUCAACUCCAAAAGAAGCAGAUCAGCAGAAGCUAGUUUUAGAACCACACUUGAAAAAAAAACAAGUCUUGACAGAUGCCACUCUGAAACCUGAUUAUUUGGAGGAAAAGUCCCCGAGAGCCCAAAUGGCAACUACUCAGCUGAAAGCUCCAUCAGUGACUCAGGAAGGCAAAAAGCAAAACCUGAUAUCUAGAAGGGAAGGAAAAAAAGUAAAGGAGACACAGAAAUCAGAAGCAGUACAGGUAGCUUCUCCUAAACAGGAAGAGGAGAUUUCUGAAAGCACAGCGUUGGUGAUGGGUACGAAGGAAGAGACUGUUCAGGAAGCAGGAGUCCAAACUGGAGAAAGCAGCACCAUAGAUGAGGCUACAGCAGCUGCUCAGCCUGCUCCAGAAGAAUUUGAUAAUUCUACCUACAAGAACCUCCAGCACCAUGAAUACAACAUCUAUACCUUCAUUGAUUUUCAUGUGGAUCUCUCAAAAUUCAGGCAACCUCAGCCAUCUUCUGGAAGACCAUCACCAAGGCACUGAAAGACCCACAAUUAAAUGCACAAGCAGAAUGAUAAAUUCUUCUAUUUAGCUCUAAUGUAUCAUCUGUAUAAAUCAAUAAAUGCAUGAUAAAUAA